AUGGAUCAUAUCGUGGCUGCAAGGUCUGAUCAUGAAGCUGUGACUGAAUGGGAGAAGCUAAAGAUAUUGGGAGAGGGUUCUUAUGGAACCGUCUCCCUAGCUGUGCUUACUGCCCCGGAAGAAGCAAAAGGAGAGCUAAUAGCUGUCAAGACUUCAAAGCCUCACGGUUUAGAUUCAUUGCAGAAAGAAGAAACCAUAUUAGAUUCAUUCUUUGGCUGCAAAGAAAUUCUCCGAUGCAUUUGGAGCCUAUUCACCUUGGAGAAUGGUCGUUUUGUCUACAAUCUCCUCAUGGAGUUUGCCCCUUGCGGUUCUCUGGGAGACUUGAUCAGAAAGAAACCACUCUCGGAGAGCCAAGUGAGAGUAUACUCACGCAUGCUUCUCAAAGGGCUUUCUCUCGUUCAUCGAUUCGGGGUCGUUCAUUGCGAUUUGAAACCAGACAACAUUCUUCUCUUUCCUUCGGGCGAGGAGAAUGAUGUGGAUUAUCAACUCAAGAUCGCGGAUUUCGGACUUUCAAGGACCAAAGACGAGGUGUUUGAUGCAGACUUUUGGAAGAUCAAGUUCAGAGGCUCCCCAUUUUACAUGUCACCGGAAUCCGUCAUGGGCCGAAUCGAAACACCAUUGGAUAUAUGGUCUCUUGGGUGCUUGGUAAUCGAGAUGAUGACCGGGUUUCCAGCAUGGAACCACAUUCCUACCACAAGGGACUUGAUGUUCAAACUUGCAUUCCUCAAAGAAGCACCACCGUUGCCUUCUGGGCUGAGUUCUCUUUGCCAAGAUUUCUUGAACAAGUGUUUCGUCAAGGAUUCUGCUCAGAGAUGGACGGCCAACAUGCUUCUCGACCAUCCUUUUAUUUCUGCUGCAAAAUCAUACAUGUGA